AGACAAGCCAGCUCAUCGCACUUGCCUACUUGGCUCAUCAAGGACUCAUCGAGAUGGUCAAGAUCGCGCUGCUUGCCCCGAGGUUGUCUUCUGCUGGCCGUGAACCGGGAUGAUCCAUGUGCCGCCCGACAAUGCAAGCGCCGGACCCCGCAGCUUGCCGGCGCCGACGAGGACAGCGACGAGGAGCAAGGACGAAUGGGAUAUUCCGGCAUUGACAAAUUUUGCCAGUGGCCGGCCUCCUCGAGCCGAAUCAUCGGUCUGGCUUAGCUCGCCGCAGGAAGAGGGCGCGCCGAGACGAGGCGGUAUGCCACCGUCAGACGAGUUCAAUGACCACCAACAUUGCACAUUGCUCAUUGCUGAUGAUUCUGUGUGUGCAGCCAGCAGUCUCAAUCAGCGGCGUCCGCGUCGGCCCAGCAUCGCGCCAGGCGGGUUUGCAGUUGUUCCACGAGUUGGCACACUCUUGGCUUCUUUUUCAUUCCUUGGGGUGAUUGUCCCUGCUGAUCUCGUCUUGUCUUGCUCAGUCCUUUUGCUUUUUGCCCCCAUCUGCUUACUCACUUCGACGUUUCUAAAGGGAUGCGAAACCUCCGAUUGCCCAUCCACGAACUGAUGGGAAUGCGAGCCUGCUUAUCAGCAUCGGGGAUAGAGCACCAGCAGCAUGCAGAUUACGGCCUUGGCUGGCCGGUUUCCUUGA